AUGACGUCUCUCGAUGGAUCGGGCCAUGAAAUAGAUUUCUGCACCCUAGGCAUGUUCAUCAUCGACGACAUCUAUCCGCCCCCCGACGUCCCAAACCAACCCGCGCAAAAAGACAUCAUAGGCGGCGCAGGAACCUACUCCGCCAUUGGAGCACGACUGUUCUCCCCACCACCCAGUUCAUACUCGACAGGCUGGAUCGUCGACGCUGGAACAGAUUUUCCGGCAGACCUCCGCGAUCUUAUAAAGUCCUGGCAGACCGGCGUACUGCUCCGGCCACGGGAUGCUCUGACGACGCGAGGAUGGAAUGGGUACGGGGAGAACGAUCACCGAGCUUUCAAGUAUCUGACGGAGAAGAAGCGGUUGACUGCUGAUGAUCUUACGGCUGAACUGCUGAAGGCGAAGAGUUUUCAUUUGAUCUGUUCGCCGACGCGAUGCGUGGAUAUGGUUCGUCGUAUCCUGGAUCGUCGACGUGGAACAUUUGGGGAAUAUUUGGUGAGACCGAUGAUCAUCUGGGAGCCUGUGCCUGAUCUUUGCGUGCCCGCCGAGCUGCAGAAUACGUACGACGCUUUGCCAUACGUGGACGUGGUCAGUCCGAACCACGUGGAGCUCGCAGCACUAUUCGGCUUCAAGCAUUCAUCCGGUGUCGACAAGCAAGUCGUCGAACAGCAUGCCAGCAAUCUUCUGGCCAAUGGCAUCGGUCCGAACAACCACGGCUCAGUCGUCGUCCGCGGAGGUAAAGAAGGCUGCUUCGUGACCGACCUCGAACAGCAGAAGUGGCUGCCGGCCUACCACCAGGACAGCAGCAGAGUGAUAGACCCAACAGGCGGUGGGAAUGGCUUCUUAGGCGGCUUUGCUGUCGGCCUCGUACGAACAGGCGAUGUAGUCGAAGCUGCAGAAUGGGGCAGCGUAGCCGCAAGCUUCUGCAUCGAACAGGUCGGUGUACCAGAGCUAGAAACAAUCAUCUCGACCGCUACAUGCACGGACGAGCUAUGGAACGGAGAAAGCGUGCACGAUCGCCUGGAAGAAUAUCGAAAGCGUACAUCAUGA